AGAAGUCACCGGUUCAGUAUCACAGCCAUAUAUUUGCAGGCUCACGAGCCACAGUGGUUUAGUAUAUUUUGAGACUUGGUUGCAGAAAUAUAUUUACGGUGUGGUGUGAAUUUGCCAGCAAAAUUUUCUGGAUCUUAUCAUAGCCGUUGAUAAGAUUUUACGGCCAUGCGCGCAAUAACAUGUUGCUUCUAGUGAUAUUAGUGUUAGUGCUCUCGUUUGCAUAUGCAGCCUAUUUCUACCUGGGAUUUGCCAGUGCAAUUCAUCACGCUGCGAAAUUGGGUGGCCCUAAGGCAUACCCGUUAAUCGGAAAUGCAGCUAGAUUUAGCGGAAAAACUCCAACAGAUUUUUUGUUGGAGUUACAAAGAACUAUAGCCGAGUUUGGAAAAUGUUUUCGUCUGUGGAUUGGUACCGAUUUGCUGAUCGUUUUGACGGAUGCUAAAAAAGUAGAGGCUGUCCUUAGCAGUCAGAAGUACUUGGAUAAAGCAAGCCAGUAUGAUUUCGUUCGUCCCUGGCUCGGGGAUGGGCUUCUAACCAGUACCGGUAAAAAAUGGCACUCUCGACGCAAGAUAAUCACGCCGACGUUUCAUUUCAAAAUUUUGGAACAAUUCGUGGAGAUAUUCGAUCAACAAAGCAACGUAUUUGUCGAUCAACUCAAACCAAUGGCCACUAGUGGUGAAGAUUUCGACGUGUUUCCCAAAGUAACACUAUGUGCGCUAGAUGUGAUAUGUGAAUCUGCUAUGGGAACUAAGGUCAAUGCUCAGGUCAAUUCUGACUCCGUAUACGUGAAAGCAGUGAAAGAUAUGUCGACCAUUGCAAUGCAGCGUACAUAUAACAUUUGGUCUCGGUACAGCUUCACUUUCCAAUUCACCAAGUAUGCCAAAAUGCAGGAAGAAGCUUUGAAAGUCCUACAUGGCUACACGGACAGUGUAAUUCGCACUCGGCGUGCAGAAUUGGGGAGCGUAAAUCAAAGGAAUAACAAUGAGGAUGACAUUGGAAUCCGAAAGAAAACCGCUUUCUUAGAUAUGCUUUUGCAGACUGUUACCGCAGACGGUCAACCGCUUUCCGAUUUGGAGAUCAGAGAAGAAGUAGACACUUUUAUGUUUGAAGGUCAUGACACCACCACAUCGGCCAUCAGCUUUGUUAUGGGGACACUGGCUAAACGUCCCGAUAUCCAGCAAAAAGUGUACGAUGAAAUUCGCUCUGUAUUCGGUGACAAUUUAACGCAGCAGGUAACACUAUCUAUGCUAAAUGAAUUGAACUAUUUGGACUUGGUAAUCAAGGAAACACUACGCCUUUACCCUUCGGUUCCAAUGUAUGGCCGAAAGAUGAUGGAAGACCACGAAAUCGAUGGACAAGUAUUUCCUGCAGGGGCAAACGUUUUGGUCAUGCCCUUCUUCAUGGGUCGCGAUCCGGAAUACUUCGAUGAUCCGAUGGAGUUUCGACCCGAACGGUUUUCUGAGGAAACGUCGGCAGAGAAGGCAAAUCCCUAUCGUUACGUACCUUUCAGUGCUGGGCCACGAAAUUGCAUUGGACAAAAGUUUGCGAUAGCAGAGAUCAAGAGUUUAAUUAGCAAAGUGCUGAGACACUACCAACUGUUGCCUGCUAGUAGAAAUCCACCCGAGAGGUUUAUUUCCGAGCUGAUUCUACGACCUGAAGGCGGAAUCCCGCUACGGAUUCAGCGAAGGAUUUAAAUCAACGAUUAUAAUAGUGAAACCAUACCAGCAGAAAAAUAAUCACUGUCUCCCUAUUCAAAGUGAAACAUAUUCACAAUUGCAAGCACGUUUUGACACACUUUCUGUUAAAAUCGUGACUGCGAACGAAAUUGAUAUCCUAUUUACGUUAUGGCACUAGUACAUUUAAACGCUAUACGCUAUAAAUGGUUUAUUCCAUAUUUGUUUUUUAAGGACUGUCAUAGUGGGCUUCUCACUCUUUAU